CCGGCCCGUCAGUCAUUCGUGCUCUGUCGUAGGGGUGAGUUCGCGUACUCCUUCUCUCAGUGUGUCACUUUACUCCGAACGAUAAAAAGUUAUCGCGUGCCGGUGACAUAACACCGCAAGAUAUCCCCGAUAUACGGUACACGGUUUACAGUAUACGGUACAAGAUCCCUCCUCUGAGGAAUUUCAUUUUUUACAUCACGCAUUUUUAACGCGUGGACAUUCGUAGGUUUUGGUGGGGUUGAUAUUUAAGUUUAUGAUUUGUUUUAAGGAGUUUCUCAGUACGAGGGAGAUAAAGUAUCCACCACACGCGGUCCACGACUAAUAUAAUAAUUCCGUGAGGAGAUCAAACGGGUCUUACAACACCCAUAUCAUAUUAAAUACACAUGCACCAAGAGUCAAGAGGAUUAAUUUCAAGUGUUCGCCACCGGACACUAAGUCAAACUUGCGGUCAAUGAUUAUUAAGUAAUAAAAAAUGACCGAUUGCAAUACGCCGAUCAAGCUCUUUCUGCACGCGCGUGACUCAAUAAUGACUUUAACUAUCCCCAAAUUUAAUUCUAAUUUACUUAAUUAAAUUCAAAAACAACACUCUUUAUUCCAAUAAUAAUAACAAAAAAAUUAUAAUAACAACAAUAUAAAGAAGCUUACAACUGAAGUGAAUAUCAAAAAAUAUUGUCGAGUCUAGGAGUUCAGAAGAGUUUUUAUUUCCCAAGCGCAAAGGGAAUUGUGACCGCUCCCUAUAUUCUCUAGCUUACUACAGUAAAAUGCCUUUUUCCUAGAUGUUUCAAUACCCAGGAAAUCCUCCUUCUUUCCUUCUCAGUUCCCUCCCUCGGCGGGACUGGAUCUGCCAGAGCAAGGGGACGUAGUCCUUUUGCCAACCGAGUACAAGGGAUCUCGGAAAAUUGGGCGAGUGUAACAAAAAGGGAAAAAAGAGAAUAAAUUUAACUGUACAUUCAACUCGAAUUUGAAUUUUCCAUUAAUUCCGUUUGAGUUUAUGCUCCAUAAACGGUCAACGUGGUCCAGGAGUUUGGGUUAAAAUUUACAUCGACAUCGAUACCUUCAUCUCAUUUAUAGCUAUCUUUCUUCAAGUAGAAGACACUGAAGAAAAUUGAAGAACUAUCGAGUACUUUGAUAGUUUCUGGAGAUUAAGUCUUAUUGCUCGCGAGUAACGAGUAGCUCAAGUGCAGCUACUGGUCUGCAACUUUGAUUAAUAUCAGCUUCAUAUUUUUUGCGUCACACUUUAUAGUUUCAUUUAAUGGUUUACGACUUCGCUGGUCAGUUUAGUUAUUGGAUCUGGAUCGGAGCACACUCGAAUCUUGACUAUAAGUAUUAUACUGAGUCCUAAAUUUACGAUGGAGGGAAAGCAUGCGGGAGUAGAGUCUAAUUCUAAGUCCGAGUGGCAGGUAUACGUGUAGGCACCUUGUAGAAGUUUCUUGUUAGAACCAAACGUUUAUUUAAUGUCUUCAGGCAUGUCGAAAUUUGUAUAAUGGGCCUGAGUUUUCAAGGGACCUAAAGAAAGGUUGCCUUAGGUUUAUUUAGUGUUCAACAUUCAGCGACCACGUGUGGACCCGAACCAAGAAUUCAUAAAUUCAAAAUUCUACGAGAUUUUUUAUUUUUAAAAACACAAUUAAAAUUAAAUUAAUGAAGAAGUAUAAACAUUGCGAUAAGUUUCAUUGAAAAGUGGACAGUUGCAGUUAAAGUUGAUAGGAGUAUAUUACGAUAUAUAUUUAUAUAUAUAUAUAUCGAAUAUUAUCUGAAGAGUCGCCACUGGCGACACGACGUGUGCGUGACCCAUACAAGUAACUACUUAACUUAACAGCUUAAACGAAGAGCGGCGUUUCAGUUGUUCCAUUGACGAGCUCGUGGUAACAUUACGUCAAUCGUAAUAUGAAAGUAUAAGUGGCCACGUGUUGCCACUCGACUGCUAUCAGGUUUUAUACAUAUAAUACAAUUAAUAUAAAUAUAAAUACGUAAUUCGAUGCAUUAUUUUUAUUUUAUCUGAUGACGGGAUGACGAGCAGCGGGGACUUUUUGGCGAGGAUAAUAUAUAUUUUUUGUUUUUAAUAUAAUUGUUUGUUUAUUUAUUGUUUAUUUAUUUUUUUUCGCGGCUCUGGAUUCUCUGUGAUCAAUAACAAGUGUUUCGAUUACGAGUAUUGAGCAGUGAAAGUGUUCGAUCAUGUGUAAUAUUUUUAAUUUAAAUAAAUGGAUAGUAAGUGUGGGCUUAUUGUUGCUAGUGACUGUUGACAACGGCACUAGGGCUUACUCCAAUCAGUGGAUUGCUGAGAUUUACGGUGGUCCUGCUGUUGCACAACAAGUUGCUUCGGAGCAUGGAUUUCAUUAUCGACAUCAGCUUUUCGACGAUGUGUAUCAUUUCGACCAAAAAUUUGUGGCGAAGCGAUCAGCGGAGCCCCAUUUGGAAAUGCACAGGCGAUUGGAGGGAGAUCCGAGGGUGCAAAUGGUCAAGCAGCAAAGAAUAUUGUCACGUAGAAAAAGGGAUUUUGUGGUAAAACGCGGUCCAGCUAGCUCACGCGCCAUCUUGAAUGAUGACAGAUGGCCGCAAAUGUGGUACUUGAAUCGAGGCAAGGGACUUGACAUGAACGUCCAGGGUGCUUGGGCCGAUGGAAUUACUGGGCAUGGUGUCGUUGUCACUAUUUUGGAUGAUGGACUGGAAAAAGAUCAUCCUGAUAUCUACAGUAAUUAUGAUCCACAAGCGAGUUAUGAUGUAAACAGCUUCGACGAUGAUCCUAUGCCGCGAUAUGACUACCUCAACAGCAAUCGUCACGGUACCAGAUGUGCCGGAGAAGUUGCUGCAACAGCGAAUAAUUCUUUUUGUGCCGUUGGGGUUGCUUACGGCGCUGGAGUUGGGGGAGUAAGAAUGUUGGAUGGUGAAGUGACGGAUGCUGUUGAAGCCAGAUCUUUAAGUUUCAACGCCCAACACAUAGAUAUCUACAGCGCAUCCUGGGGUCCGGACGAUGACGGGAAAACAGUAGAUGGCCCUGGAGAACUUGCUACCCGAGCUUUCAUUGAAGGCAUCACUAAGGGUCGCAGCGGUAAAGGCUCGAUAUUCGUGUGGGCGUCGGGUAAUGGAGGUCGCGAACAUGACAACUGCAAUUGUGAUGGUUAUACAAAUAGUAUUUGGACACUGUCAAUUAGUAGCGCAACUGAAAAUGGUUUAGUGCCGUGGUACAGCGAGGCAUGUUCAUCAACUCUCGCUACUGCCUACAGUUCCGGUUCACUGGGAGAAAAACAAAUCGUAACUAUUGAUUUAAAUCAUCAGUGCACAAGCAGUCAUACCGGUACCUCAGCAUCAGCCCCAAUUGCCGCGGGAAUUUGUGCAUUAGCUCUCGAAGCCAACCGAGAUCUUACGUGGCGCGAUAUGCAGCACAUAGUCGUAAGAACCGCUAAGCCGGCUAAUUUAAUUGCCGCUGAUUGGACCAUUAACGGUGUUGGCAGAAAUGUUAGCCACAGUUUCGGCUAUGGCUUAAUGGACGCAACCGCAAUGGUUCAACUUGCCAAAAAGUGGCAGACCGUUCCGGAACAACAUAAGUGUGAAAUGUUAGCGCCACACAAAAAUAGAUCAAUUCCAUCGCGUAGUCAAUUGACCCUAGAUUUCCAUGUAAAAGAAUGCAGCGGUGUCAACUUUUUAGAGCACGUUCAGGCAAAAAUAACAUUGUCAGCGUCAAGAAGAGGAGAUCUCGAGAUAACACUGACAUCUCCGCAAGGAACUAAAAGCACUUUGCUCGCUAAGCGACCACACGAUAAUUCAAAAACAGGAUUCCAACAAUGGCCAUUCAUGUCGGUACAUACAUGGGGUGAACGUCCACACGGUACGUGGACUUUGGAGGUUCACAAUGAGGGUCGAUAUGUUGGUCGUGCGAUACUUCACGAAUGGUCGUUGAUAUUCUACGGUACAGGAACACUGCCCGACCCAACGGAGUUCGCGCUCUACAGCAGCAUAACCGGUAGCGGAAUUAACCCGAAAUUUCCUAAAAAGCCAGUCGUUAAAACGUCUAAUUACUCACGCAACGGGCUCAAUGUCGUCGGGCUUAAAGCCAAGAACAGCAAGUUUGUUAAGCAACAGCUCCAACAACAGUUGCAACAACAACUACAGCAGGGCCAGAAUGGUGGAUUAAAUCAGGCGUACAUCCAGCAGAAUCAAACUGCUAAAAAAAGCAAAGUACGUGGGCAACAUAAAAAUGGUAAAUCAACAAAUAAACCGACAGUACGGCCCACUGUACAAAGCUUACGUGGAUUAACAUUUAGUCGCAUUGCUCCUCCAUCUAAGCCCCGUGUUAGCGGUAGCAAUGUCACCGCCGGACACAGUUCCAACCCCAGCAAUAGCAACGGCAACACUACACCCAAAUCAAUUGUAGAACCGGUUGUUAAACUGACAACCCAGCAGCCGAAACAGCAGCAAGUUAUCGACGCUGUGACAUCAACUUCCUCCCUCCAGAGAGGGUUAAUUCUGAUGGAACCCGCGGCCAAAGCCGCGACUAACAAAGUUCCAGUGGUGUUCCAGCAGUAUCCCAAAAUCCAGCAGCUGUACCCGCUCUACCCGGUCUAUCCCGGCGUGAGGGGCGUUAAUCAACAUGCCACCCGCGCUAAAGGCCUCGAUCUGCUCCAAGACGAGCAGUUUGACACCAGAAAUCUCCAACUCACUGACAAGGCGAGCCUAACAGAAUGGGGCCUGGUGUUCUACGGCACAGAAACAGCCUUAAAGUUCGACGAGGACCUGGACAAAGACAAGCCGAUCGCGCCGAUAGAAGUCGAAGAUAUACCGCACAACAGAGCUGGCUCGGAGGAUAAGAAGCCGGUAGACACCGAGGGCGAGGGUAGUUCGUGGAGACAACAGGUGGAUAUGAUAUCGCAUCCCGAGGUGCAGAAGCCUACGACUGAAAACCACACGAGCAAAGCGUGUAAGAGCUUUGACUCCAACGGGUGCCUAGAAUGCAAAGUCGGCUGGUACAUCCUGGAAGGCCGAUGUGUACAGUCAUGUCCUGGAAACACGUACGUGGACCACGAUUCCAGAAAUAAUGCCUGUAUUCCGUGUCAUUACUCUUGUAUGAGCUGUUCGGGGCCUUCAGAUAUCGAUUGCACAUCAUGCCACGCGGAUUCAAAUCCUCUUCCUCCGGAAAUGGAGAACUUUCAAUGCAUUUUGAAGUCUAUCGACUGGAAGACCAAAUCAACUGUGUGGUUUUACCGAAUGACUAUUGUGCUAGGAUUUACCUCCGUUCUUAUGAUUGCAAUUGUCCUUUAUUUAUGGCUUUCUUCGACCAGGAGACUUGACAAGGUUUUUAAUCACGGGUACGGAUACACCGAGUUGUCUCUUCCUGCUGAUCCCAAAGAUACUGGCGAUCACAAUCUUGACAAAUAUCAGUCUGAAAGCGAGUAAUUUUAAUUGUUAUUAUAUAAUAUGUAGAGUACUUAAAAAUUGGCUUGCAACAAAAAUUAAUUAUUUUAUUAAUUGUAAAUCA